AGAGGGAAAGAGAGAGAGGGAGAGAGAGAGAGAGAGAGAGAGGGGAGCGGAGUUAAUGGAGAGGGCUACAACUGCGCACAAACAGAGAUUUGAUCAGUGAGUUAAACUUACUGGUGCUGGUCAGUGUGCAGUGAAGCCAUCCGCUGCGAACAAGCCCUGCGCCCGUACGAGCCUCCACUACUUGUUGAGCUGGGCUGAAACAACUCACAUUUGUUUCUGAGAGGACUGGAUUCCAUUUUGGACGUAUUUAUAUGACAACACCUUUGUUGCAUUUGUAAUGUGGGGUGAUCGGAAGCAAGCGUGGAACCUGUGGAUUUAACAAAAAACGGAUUUGGGACAGAUUGUUUCUUAUCUUGUGACUUGUACCGGUUUGCUUCGGCGUGCAUGAACAUUUAUUAAAGAAAAAAAAAAGGCAAAGCAAUGGAAGUAAGUGCGGAUCAGCCACGAUGGAUGAGCCAUCAUCCCGCGGUGUUGAACGAGCAGCAUCCCGGCUCACAUCACCUCGGCCACUCAUACAUGGACCCUUCGCAGUAUCAGCUCGCUGACGAUGUGGAUGUACUCUUUAAUAUCGACGCACAGGGGAACCACGUCUCUCCAUACUAUGGAAACUCUGUCCGAGCCGUCCAGAGGUACCCUCCUCCUCCACACAGUAGCCAGGUGUGCCGUCCAUCAUUACUGCACGGCUCUCUUCCCUGGCUGGAGGGGAGCAAAGGCAUCGCCCCGCACCACAGCACUUCUCCCUGGAACCUGAGCCCCUUCCCCAAGAACCCCCUGCACCACGGCUCCCCGGCCAGCCUGUCCGUCUACCCCCCGGCCUCCUCCUCCUCCCUGCCCACCGGUCACUCCAGUCCGCACCUCUUCACGUUUCCCCCGACCCCACCGAAAGAUGUAUCCCCAGACCCGGGCAUAUCCACCCCGGGCAGCAGCUCCGGGCGGCAGGAGGAUAAAGAGUGCAUAAAGUACCAAGUGACCCUGGCCGAGAGUAUGAAACUGGAGUCAGCUCACAGCCGGAGCGUGGCAUCAAUCGGAGCAGGGUCAUCCUCUGCCCACCACCCCAUCGCCACAUACCCAUCCUAUGUCCCUGAAUACGGCCCAGGCCUCUUCCCACCAAGUAGCCUGAUAGGUGGGUCAUCUUCUAGUUAUGGUUCCAAAACAAGACCAAAAUCAAGGUCCUGUUCAGAAGGUAGAGAGUGUGUGAACUGCGGAGCCACGUCAACUCCGCUGUGGAGGCGGGACGGUACGGGUCACUAUCUGUGUAACGCCUGCGGACUCUAUCACAAGAUGAACGGGCAGAAUCGCCCUCUCAUCAAACCCAAGCGGCGGCUGUCCGCAGCCAGACGGGCAGGGACGUCAUGCGCAAACUGCCAGACGACAACGACGACGCUGUGGCGGAGAAACGCCAACGGGGACCCGGUGUGUAACGCCUGCGGCCUGUACUAUAAACUGCACAAUAUCAACCGACCUCUCACCAUGAAGAAGGAAGGCAUCCAGACCAGGAACAGGAAGAUGUCCAGCAAGUCCAAGAAGAGCAAAAAGUCCCAGGACGGUAUGGACGACUUCUCCAAGAGCCUGAUGGACAAGAGCAGCUCCUUCAGCCCGGCCGCCCUGUCCCGCCACAUGUCCUCCUUCCCUCCCUUCUCGCACUCCGGCCACAUGCUGACCACCCCCACACCCAUGCACCCCUCAUUCGCCCCCCACCACCCUUCCAGUAUGGUCACAGCCAUGGGUUAGACCUCCCUGUGCUGCACAAGCCCCUUAACCCUCAGCCUCGCCACCACCAUAUCCCUCGGUACCUCUGCUGAACCUCCUUCCAUAUCCUAAAAAGACAAAUAAACUGCUCCUCGGCCCAACCCCAGCCCCCGUUCCCCAUCCCCCGCCCCUACCCUCCCCCUGUCCCACCGCGGAGCUGUGGUGCGAGUACGACAGAGUUCGGCUACCUUUGUCCUCAGUUGUAUCUUAUUUUUAUAAAAUCCAAAUGUACCUGAAUGCUUUGCAGACUUGACUUGACUGUGGCGCACUGACCUCCAAAGGGGGGGGGGGAAUUUUGUUUUCCUCCAACCAGGGAGAGACAUUUUCUCCCCAAGCCGCCGCCGCCACCACCACCACAUAGAGGCUGUCCUCCCAGCUGAUCCACAUGAUAAGGAGCUCCAUUUGUGUACAAAAAGCCAUUUUUUUCCACCACACACGAACAUCACAAAAAGAGACAUGAAAAAAAAAAAACUUUACAACGACCUCUUCCGAACUUUCCAAACCC